GAGCCCUUGUGCAACCAGGAACAAACUUCCUCGGCUUUGGCAGUAUGUCCCAUCGUGUACUUAUCCUAUCCGAUGAUACGGAGUUCGACGUCGUGUUUCUCAAGCACCUCACGGAAGAAGGCUUCGAUGUGGUCUACACGCCUUUCACAGGAGAUUUUAAUACCUUUACAUCCAAGAUCCAGCAAUUGGAAGAUGACUUAGAACGGGGACAAAAGUAUGCUAUAAUAGCAACACAUACCUUUUCUCUGGCCCAACAAUAUCCACUUUCUCACUGCACGGCAUUGAUCUGCUAUUACCCCACUGCUGUCCCGAAUCCAACACACAAGUAUGCAGCUAACUUUUCUUUACUCUGUCAUCUGGCUUCUAUUCAACCUUUUGGCGCUGCUUCCUUCAAGACAUGUGUUUAUGCAGACACGUGUCCAGGGUUUGCAGAGAGCGAUAUGGAGGAGUAUGACAAGUUUGCAGCUGAAUUGAGCUGGGGAAGAACAUUGGCGUGUUUGAGAAGAGGCUUUGAUAUCGAGGUUGAUCUUGAGGAGGUAGUUGACGAAUACAACAGACCUAUGACACCCAACUCUAUCUUGGCUGAAGUACCCUAUGUUAACCACGUGCCUACUAUGACUGGCGGCAUUGGGACAGACGAACUCGACUAUUUCUACCAAGUGUCCAUGUCUCAAAAUCCUUCCAGCUUCCAGAUGCGUCUUCUGAGUCGUACCGUCGGCGUGGAUAAAGUGGUGGAUGAGAUGAUGGUCUCAUUCACACAUACACAGNNGAUAUUGCCAGGGGUGCCGCCGACGAACAAGGCGGUGAAGGUGCCUAUUGUGUCUAUCGUGAGCAUCCGUGGCGGCAAGUUAUGCCAGGAGCAGUUGUAUUGGGAUCAGGCGAGCGUGCUCGUUCAGGUCGGGUUGCUCGACCGCAAACUCGUGCCUGACAACAUGAAGGAAAAGGAACUGGAGAGGCUUCCUAUCGCCGGCAAGAAGGCCGCGGAGAAGGUGUUGGACCCAGAAAGUCAACCUAGUAACAACAUGAUUCCUGGGUGGGCCGAUCUG